CGUGGUGCUCCAAUCCCUGCAGGGGUCACAUGCGCCGGGGAACCACUAGCAUGUCGGGGAGGGCGGAGCUAGGCGCCGUGGGCCACCUCCAGGCGGAGAUGCUGCAUUUGGAGCUCAUCGACGGGGCCGACGGUUACCGCGGCGACACGGAAUCCUCCAAGGUGUCGGCCGUGGCAACCCCGACCGCGGCGCCAAGGACUCCGCCGCAACCUGUUACCAUGGACACCUACCGACCCAAGAGACCCACGACCCUUAACCUCUUCCCCAUCGUGCCGCGCACUCAGGACACAUUAAACAACAACUCUUUCGGGAAGAAAUACAGUUGGCAGGAAAAGGUUUCCCGGUCGUCCUCCCCUCAGAAAAAACAAGGUCUCCCCCCCCAUGAGCACAGCUGCCUGAGUGACGAGGACAAGAUGCAGGGCGGGGGCGCCCAGACCAAGGACCGCGGCACCUCCACCGACGCCCCCUGCAGGCGCAAGGCCCAGCAGAAGCCCCCGGCGCCGCCCCCGCCGCCGCAGAACUACACCCCCGGACCCCUGCACCCAGCCCGGGGCGGGCCGGGCGGCCGACGCGGCGGCGGCCCCCCCCACCGGGAGAGGAUCCGCUACCACACGGCGGACGUGCGCCUGGAGCCCACCGAGGAGAUCUACCUGACGCCCGUGCAGCGCUCGGCCGACGCCCUGGACCCCCCCGCCGACAAGGAGCGGCCCUUCCUGUCGCAGCAGGCGGAGCAGGUCCGCAUGUCCGUCAGCUCCGACACCGAGGGCCCGCCCCCCUCUAGGCCAGCCCCCAGCCCCUCCCCGACCGGACCGACGCCUCCAUCCACGAGGAGGAGGACGACCUCGAUCUACGAGGACGACGAGGUGUACGUCCCGCCGCCGUCGUACGCCUCCUGCGUGGAGGCCCUGAUCACGCCCCCGCCGGGACACACCCCCGCCCCGGACCUCACGCCCCGGGCGGAGCCGGGCGGGGCCGGCUGGGGCGCCAUGGCGGUGCUGAGGGGGACGGGCGUGGGCGUGGAGUACGUGGACGGCGACGACAACUACGGCGCCGGCGAGGACGAGGACGUGGCACCGCGUGAUGAUGGACGGCAGGCGCCGCCGCAGGAGGAAGGGCGGGGAGGCGGGGGAGAAGGGAGGCGGAGCCGGCGGGAGGCCGCGCCCCCGGCCAGGACUUCCAUGAGCUCGGAGGCCAGCGGGCUGUCGUACGACUCGGUCAAGUACACGCUGGUGGUGGACGAGCACGCGCAGCUGGAGCUGGUCAGCCUGCGCCACUGUUACCACGGCUACAGCGACGACAGCGACUCGGCCACCGUCUACGACAACUGCGUGUCCUCGCCCUACGAGUCGGCCCUCGGGGAGUACGGCGAGGAGGAGGAGGAGGAGGAGGAGGGGGAGGAGGAGGGGGUGGGGGCCAGAAGGAGCGAGGGAGGGGCGAGGCGGGAGGCCACGGCCUGCCUCUCGGACGAGUCCACCCCCGACGGAGACCUCCACUUCUCCAAGAAGUUCCUCAACGUCUUCAUGAACGGACGUUCUCGCUCUUCCAGCGCAGAGUCCUUCGGUUUGUUUUCCUGCGUGAUCAACGGAGAGGAGAGGGACCAGAGUCACAGAGCUGUCUACAGGUUCGUCCCGCGCCACGCCGACGAGCUGGAACUGGAGGUGGAGGACCCCCUGCUGGUGGAGGUGCAGGCGGAGGACUUCUGGUACGAGGGCUACAACAUGCGCACCGGCAGCCGCGGCAUCUUCCCCUCCUACUACGCCGUCGAGGUCGCCAAGGAGGAGGCCGAGAGCGAGAGCUCCCCAGCGAAGAGCAGCGAAUGGAUGGACAGAUACCGGAUGAAAUUCCUGGGCUCAGUCCAAGUGCCCUAUCACAAAGGGAACGAUGUGCUGUGUGCAGCCAUGCAGAAGAUCGCCACAAAUAGGAGGGCGACCGUUCAGUACAACCCGCCCUCAUCGUGCAUCCUGGAGAUCGAUGUCAAAGGCAUCAAGCUUGUGGUCCAGGAUGACUACUAUGCUUGUGACCAGAGCCAUGAGUGCAACCACUUUUUCCAGCUGAAGAACGUCUCAUUCUGCGGCUUUCAUCCGAAAAACAGCAAGUAUUUUGGCUUCAUCACCAAGCACCCGGCAGACCAGAGGUUCGCCUGUCACGUGUUUGUCUCGGAGAACUCUACCAAACCCCUGGCUGAGUCAGUAGGGAAAGCCUUCCAGUUGUACUACAAACAGUUUGUGGAGGUGUCGUGCCCGACAGAGGACAUCUAUCUAGAGUAGCCGAGCCACGCCUCCCUGUACAGUACACCGUGUGACCCCCAUGUCCUAAAAUAGACCUUUUGCAUGAAGGAACAAAACACUGAAGCAAAAAUUGUAAGAGUUUACUUUACCGGAAGACAUCUUUGAAAGGGGAACAAGAAGCCAAGAGGAACAAGCGUUGACAACAAGGUCCUUUUAAAAGAAGGAGCAACUAUGAAGAUAUCUGUGUACUUAAAUUGGAAUCCAUAAGGGGGUGGCCAUGCUCUACCACACAGAUAAAGCACAAACGUUAUCGUGCCAGAGUGGUUGCUCUGGUACUGGUUAGCAUCCAGCCACAAAGCCCCCAUGGGUCACACAAACCCAGGGGAGUUCACAGGGGAGGACUAGUCCAGGGAGACCACUCCAAUAUCGCAACUUCACAUUGUUUCUCUCUGCAGGUCAGUCUGACCUCCAGUUGAAAACCUCUUCCAAAAAUGACAAAAUGAUAGGACCAAUCAGUGCUAGGGGAAGGGGCUUCAGUUCAUGAUGACCAAUGAGGGCCUCAGAUUGCAAAAUAAACAUCAAGGCAGGGCAAAAGAGAAGUGUAGCAAUCUGAACAGUUUUCUCUGAAAUUCACUGAAAAGCGAUGUAAACAGAUCUGCACUGAAGGACUUUCAGUUGAACAACAUAUCGCAGGUCCAUAUUUAGAAAGCAACACCUGUCCAACCAAGUCCAGGACAAUAUCCAUUGUGAAAAUAUGUGGAUGGUCUCACUGGGCUGGUGGGGUCUACCUUUGCUUCUGGGAGGGUGGGCUUAAAAGGGGCUUGUGUUCUUGAGUGUGAUAUUUUGAUGGAUAAGCGCGAGUUAAGCGGUGGUGUGAUGUUGUUAUGCCUCGAGUAACAAGGUUGAUGAAGCUUUACGUUGGAAAGAGGAAAAAGCAAAACAAAGGGUCGGUGACGGACUUAAAACCAUGGCCACUAACUCCCUGAGCCUGACGCCCAGAGUCCCCGUGGUUGGGGCGUGUCCUGUGGACCCCAGGGGGCGGAGCUCCAGGCUGCGACACACAACAUGGGAGCUAGCACGCCGUGAGAGACUAGACUUAAUACAUGAUGCCAACAGGUCGUGGAAUAACGCCUUUCUGGCAGCUUCUAUCAGUCGUAUUACGAAGCUGAGCUAAUAGACGUACAUAAUUUGCUUAGUAACAGUAAAGCCUUCCUUCGUCUGUUCCCUCUCUUUUUUGAGUAAUACAGGGAAUCUGCGGGGUAAAAUCUACUGAAAUAACGCUAGUUCUCAGUUUAGUCUAUUAGCGGUUAACGCUCUCUGGUGUAAGAUUAAUGUUGAUUUACACAACCCUCCAUCACAGUGUAACACCGCCGAUAGCGGCGUAGUCAAAGUCAGAACAAUUGGUAGUGAUGUACUGUCGGCAGUGUCAGACGUUUGAAGAUGAUAGCAAAUUAUAGCGAGUUAGCCUGGAGGUGCUAAAGCGAGAGAGGUGAUUCCUCUGUCAUUGGAUUCUUACUAUAGUGCCUGUUCAUCUUACCAUACAAAUAUCGUGACCUAAUGAACAUUGUUAAGACUUUUAUUACUUUAAAUGUUGAACGAUGAGAAGAUUUGGUUAAUUUAUUAUGAAAGGUGAGGCGUGUGUCAGUGUGGAUGAACAUUGCGGUACUUUUUUGGUUAAGUAUAAUCACCAGUCGUAAACUAAUCUUUUAUUUUCACAAAACGAAAACUUCAGUUGGUGAGUUCAUUAAAGAUCUCACCAUUAUCAAUUCCCUUUAUCAAAAGCAAAUCAGGCGAGUGUGGAGGAAAAGUACUGUACAGUAUUAACGGGGUGUACAGAUAUGCCAUAUAUAAAUACAUAAUUUAAUAACUGUAAUUACAAAUAUGACAAUGUAUGGAUUCAAUAUAUAGUAUGUGGAAGAUAUCUUAUUUUGACAUUUUUUAGGUGUGAAUUAUUCUUUAUUUAAAAACUUUAAUGCGGAA